GAACCUGUGGGGAGGAUGAGAUUGAGGGCCAAGAACCUACCCGCCCCCCGCAGGGCUGGAGCUAGCUGCAGGCUCACGGCUGCCCCCUCGGGGGCACGGCUUGCUAGAGUGCGGGCACCCCAUCUUCAGCCAGGUGAACUCGCGGGGGCUCCGAAGAGAGCCAGCGUCCGUCGCUGUGAGCGGUCUCCACCCCUCCACCCGCGACGGGUUAGAGUAUCCAGAGAACUCGGGCCCAAAGCUUCCCAGCCCAGGCCCACCCGUUUCCGGGCCGCUCGGGCUCGCUUCGCAUCCUGGGGGGCGGGCGGGAAGGGUGGGAGCCGUAGGAGGCGCGCAGGCGCCGCUGAGCGUGGGAGGGAAAGAGUUAAACUAGGUGCCGGCGCCGGGCGGGGCGGGCGUGGGGGAGGGGAGCGAAGAGAAAGUGAGAGCGGGGGCGGAGGGGGGACGGGAGCGAAAGAACAUCCUGUGCCCGUCGCCGGAUGCGCGCGGGGGGAGGAGGUAGUCCGGGGAGGGAGAGCUCGCUGGGGGGAGGCCCGCGGCGGGGAAAAGGCGCCGCCUCCGCCCCCCGCCCCUCGCCUGGGGCCGGUGGCCCCCUCGGCUCCCGUGAAAAUGUUGCCCUAGAGAUGACUCUGCCUCUGAUCCCUCUGAAUCGCUUGAGGGAUUCAGGUAGAACCAGAAGAACUGAGCUUUUGAUGUAGUAGGGGGAAGUUAGGUUACAGCCAAGAAAGAACUAUCUUUGGAGGUCUUUAAAGAACAGCUCAGGUGCAACCUAGGACCCAGAGCCUUCUGUCCCCAGAGGAGCUCAAAGCCCGGUCCUCAAAGAAUGACAGAACAUGACUCAAGCACUCACUAAGUGCAGGAUUCUGUGCCAGAUGCUAGAGAUGCAGAGCAAUUGCCCUCAAGAGCUUUUGUCAAACAAGUAACCUCCAGAGCAACGUGCAGAUGAUGAAAAGUGGUGGAUUUGUCUUCAGACUCACAUACUUUAUAAGAUGCUCCCCUACUUUUUAUCCUCCAUGGGGAGCAGGGAGCCCUGCCUGAAGAACAAGGCCCACAUGCAAAUCUAUGGUGGAGAGAUUACAGAUUGGAGGACCAGAGAAGGGCUGCCAGUGGGCACACCCCAAAUAACCUUUCCCAAAAGGCUCCAGCCCAGAAAUGGCUUCUGCUGCCCUCUAACGGGGGAGAGGCCUGCUGGAGCCCCACCAAGCUGGGUCCCCUAAAGAUAAGGGGCGGUGUGCCCCUUGCAUUUUUAUUCUCCUGAGGUCUCAUGCUUCAUCUCCAGCAGGCUCUAAAACUCAACUGUCUCUUUUUUCAAGGAUCCCUGACUAUCUAAUUUCCUGACCACCAUACUCCAUCUCAUGGUCUCCUCAGUUUCCUUUGUUGCUUGGGUUCUGAUUCUGGUACCCUGGUUCCUGGCCCUGCCAGAGUUCUGGUUCCGGAAGGCUCCUCUCAGGUACCUUGGGCCUACCUCCCACCUGGGCACAAGUCAAAGCUGAAGACAUGGGCAAGAGCAUCCCCCAAUACCUGAAGCAACUGGACAUCCGCAAAAGUAUAGUGAGCCUGGCUACGGGCGCUGGGGCCGUCUACCUGCUCUACAAGGCCAUCAAGGCUGGCAUGAAAUGCCAACCACCCCUCUGUAGCAACUCGCCCAUCUGUAUCGCCCGUGAGUGUCCGGGCCCUGGGGAGAGGGCUCUACCCGAGGAGGCACCUGCUCCCGAGGCCUCUGAUGUGGGCGGGCCCAAAGGCCUGGCAAUCGAGCGAGAGCGGCACGGGCGGGACUCGGGUGAGCUCCGGAGGCUCCUCAACUCUUUGGAGUGCAAACACGAUGAGUACGCCAAGAGCAUGAUCCUGCACAGCAUCACUCGCUGUGUGUACUUGCUGGAGGCUGAGGCCUCUGCUUGUACUACCGAUGACAUCAGUUUGAUAGGCUCCAUGCUGGAUGACAAGGACAACAGUGUCAAAAUCCAAGCUCUGAACACACUUAAAGCUUUUUCUGGCAUCAGAAAAUUCAGGCUCAAAAUCCAGGAACUCUCCAUCAAGAUAUUGGAACUGAUCUCUACCAUCUGGGACACGGAGCUGCACAUUGCGGGCCUCAGACUCCUCAACAACCUUCCACUACCCGACUACGUGCAUCCACAACUGCGACGGGUGAUGCCUGCCUUGAUGGAGAUCCUGCAGUCAGACUACAUCUUGGCACAGGUGCAAGCCAUACGACUGCUGAGCUACCUGGCACAGAAGAAUGACCUUCUCUAUGAUAUUCUCAACUGCCAGGUGCACUCCAACUUCCUGAAUCUGUUCCAGUCCACACACCCAGGGAGUCUCCUGUUUGAGGUACUGGUAUUUGCUGAGCGACUGAGUGAGGGCCGGAACGCAGCCCACUACCGUGCUGUGAACUGGCAUUACAAUGAACAGUCACUGCAUGAAGCCCUCUUUGGGGACGGGUCACGACUGGCAGACCGUCUGCUUGCCCUGGUCAUCCACCCUGAGGAGGACGUUCAGAUCCAGGCCUGCAAAGUCAUAGUCAGCUUGCAGUGCCCCCAGGACUUGGUAGCCCGGUCCACCUCCUGCCAGCCCAGUUCUUCCUACUUUAAAAACGGGGAAUAAAAUUAAGGAGAGCCAAUAAAUGAGUAUGGGAGAGAAGCUUGAA